AGGGUCUCCUGACUGGCCUGGGGCCUUAUUGACCAGGCUGGCCUCAAACUUAAGAGGCCCUGCCUCUGCCGCUCAAGCACAGGGUUUAAAGGCAAGUACACUAACUAUUCCUGGAACGCCAGAAUUUGGAGCCUCCUACCAUCUCCUCACUGUUUCCACAACAGUCAAAAAGCCUUAGAUAGUGCAGCCCCGCAGUGGGAAAAAUUGGCAGUAUCUAUAAAGCCCUUGGGCUGGGAAAUCUCGAAUUUUCCAAAUUGUGCAAAGCCUCACAGAGCAUUCAGGGGCCCUGGACAGCAUAGCAUAUUUCAUACCUUGGAUGGGUAAUCUGGGCCGUUGCUUCAGAUUAUCAACUAAACAACCUCCAGGCCCUCAAAUUACAGUGGCAAACAGCUCAAGAGUUUCAUGAGUCUGGACCCUUAGAAUAUUUUUGGGGUAUAAAGAGACCGUUCUCCAAAUUUCUACCAAAAAAAUGUGUAGAUAUAUAAUAUGGUUGAUGACAUUGCAACUAUCUCUGAUCCAGUGCCUAGUAGCUAAUUUGCUAGUUUUAAAAUCUGAUUUUUGUAAAUCAGUAAUCUCAUGGUAGACAUUUAUCCUUUUGAGGGAGGGUCUCAUUUGGAACUCCAGCACAGCAGCUCCAACACGUGGCUUUUCAGAGGGCGUGGGAAAGGGAAAAUAAAAAGGGAAACUGCCAGGAUUUAAGAUGUCUGCUGGAGACCCUUGGAUCUCCCUGGAGGAGGUACCCACUUCCAAAAUGUCUUCCUGCAGUAUUGACGUCACUCUGCCUGCUCUCUGAGAGCUAGAAAUUGAGUGCACGCCAAUCAGGGCGUAGGCCCCGCCUUUUACUGGCGUCACUUCCGGUGGUGCAGCAGCCAUUUUGUCAGUCGCCUGUGGAGCCCGCGCGCUGGAGAAGUGCAGUUCCCCCUAGUUACCAAGUCGUCGGUUCUUCGUGAAGCGGGCGCCCUCAAAGAGCGCUCACCAAAGGCGGAGCCGCUCCUCCUUCAGGUGUGGCCGCAGCUAUUGCGUCGGUCCGGGGCUAGUGCGCUGUCUGCCUUCCCCACGCCUGACAGGCACCCUCUGGGAACUGCCAUCCGCGAUGUCAAGUGAGGAAAGCUACCGGGCCAUCCUGCGCUACUUGACAAAUGAACGCGAACCUUAUGCACCCGGCACCGAGGGCAAUGUCAAGCGUAAAAUCCGUAAGGCUGCCGCCUGCUACGUGGUGCGCGGCGGGACUCUAUACUACCAGCGGCGGCAGCGGCACCGCAAGACCUUUGCGGAGUUGGAAGUCGUGCUGCAGCCGGAGCGUCGCCGUGGCCUCAUUGAGGCCGCACACCUGGGUCCUGGCGGCACUCACCACACUCGGCAUCAGACCUGGCACGACCUGUCCAAAACCUACUGGUGGCGAGGUAUAUUAAAACAAGUCAAAGAUUACAUUAAACAAUGUAGCAAAUGUCAGGAGAAACUGGAUCGUUCCCGUCCAAUAUCAGAUGCUUCAGAAAUGUUGGAAGAAUUGGGAUUGGACCUUGAAUCUGGAGAAGAAAGUAAUGAAUCAGAAGAUGACCUGAGCAACUUUACUUCACCUCCAACAGCAGCUUCCAAGUCUUCAAAAAAAAAGCCAGUAUCUAAACAUGAACUCGUAUUUGUUGACACCAAAGGAGUGGUAAAACGUUCUUCUCCAAAACAUUGCCAGGCUGUUUUGAAACAGCUGAAUGAGCAGAGACUUUCCAACCAGUUCUGUGAUGUUACAUUAUUAAUUGAAGGAGAAGAGUACAAAGCUCAUAAAUCUGUUUUAUCAGCUAAUAGCGAAUAUUUUAGAGAUCUUUUUAUUGAGAAAGGAGCUGUUUCCAGUCAUGAGGCUGUGGUGGAUCUUUCUGGUUUUUGUAAAGCAAGCUUCCUUCCUUUGCUGGAAUUUGCCUAUACUUCUGUACUAAGUUUUGACUUCUGUAGCAUGGCUGAUGUAGCUGUCUUAGCGCGCCAUCUUUUUAUGUCAGAAGUUUUAGAAAUUUGUGAAAGUGUGCAUAAGCUAAUGGAAGAAAAGCAGCUAACAGUGUAUAAGAAAGGCGAAGUACAAACAGUUGCAUCUACCCAGGACUUACCAGCACAGAAUGGAACCUCAGCACCACCUGUGACUAGGACUGAAGGAACCGCAGCUUUAUCUAAUGAACUUGGGCAUUGUGAAAUUGUACUCCUAGUAAAUGGAGAAUUACCAGAAGCUGGGCAGAAUGGAGAGCUACGACGACAGCCUGCACCUCAGGUGUCUUCAGAGGCUGAAGCUACUGUGUCAUCUGUAGGAUGUAUAACUGACUCCCAUUCUGAAAUGGAAACUGCUAACUUAGUGACAAAAACCAACCAACCAGAGCUAGAAACUGAAAUCAUCAGAGAAGAUGGCACAGUUUCUAAUAUUCAUCCUAAACUCUCAAAAGAGAAUGUAAUCAAUAUCUCUCAAGAGGACAGUGAUGUGGGAAAUGAUACAUCAGCUGAGGAUAUCUGUGCCAAAGACAUUCCAAAUCAGAGUCAGAGCCUUGACCAACCUUUAAAAGAUCAAGAAAAUCUAAUUGUGCCAACAGCAAAGACAGACUCUGGCCCUGAAGAUGAUACUUACAGAAGCAGGCUUCGGCAGCGGUCUGUUAAUGAAGGGGGAUACGUCCGACUACACAAGGGUAUGGAGAAAAAGCUACAGAAGCGGAAAGCCAUUCCCAAGUCAGCAGUUCAACAGGUGGCUCAGAAAUUGGUUCAAAGAGGGAAAAAGAUGAAACAACCAAAAAGGGAUGCUAAGGAGAACACUGAAGAAAUGUCCCAUAAAUGUGGGGAAUGUGGAAUGGUUUUUCAGAGACGAUAUGCCUUUAUAAUGCACACAUUGAAACAUGAAAGAGCUAGAGAUUACAAGUGUCCGUUAUGUAAAAAGCAGUUUCAGUAUAGCGCCUCACUGCGGGCCCACCUCAUUCGACAUACGAGAAAAGAUGCACCUACUUCAUCUUCAUCCAGUUCCACAUCUAACGAAACAUCAGGAACAUCAUCUGAGAAGGGCAGAACCAAAAGAGAAUUUAUAUGUUCCAUAUGUGGAAGGACACUACCUAAAUUAUAUUCUCUCCGAAUACAUAUGUUGAAGCACACAGGAGUCAAGCCACAUGCAUGCCAGGUCUGUGGAAAAACUUUUAUUUAUAAGCAUGGUCUAAAAUUACAUCAAAGUCUCCAUCAAUCACAAAAGCAGUUCCAGUGUGAAUUGUGUGUUAAAUCAUUUGUUACCAAACGGAGUCUUCAGGAACAUAUGAGUAUUCACACAGGAGAGUCCAAAUACUUUUGCUCAGUUUGUGGAAAGUCCUUUCACAGAGGCUCUGGACUCAGCAAGCACUUAAAGAAACACCAGCCAAAGCCUGAGGUUCGAGGCUAUCAUUGUACUCAAUGUGAAAAAAGUUUCUUUGAAGCUAGGGAUCUUCGCCAGCACAUGAACAAGCAUCUUGGUGUGAAGCCAUUCCAGUGCCAAUAUUGUGAUAAAUGCUACAGCUGGAAGAAAGAUUGGUAUUCUCAUGUGAAGUCCCAUUCUGUCACUGAGCCUUACAGGUGUAAUAUCUGUGGCAAAGAAUUUUAUGAAAAAGCUUUAUUCAGAAGACAUGUAAAGAAAGCCACCCAUGGGAAGAAAGGAAGAGCAAAGCAAAACCUGGAACGGGUGUGUGAUCAGUGUGGAAGAAAGUUCACUCAGCUGAGAGAGUACAGGAGACACAUGAACAACCAUGAAGGAGUUAAGCCCUUUGAGUGCUUAACAUGUGGAGUAGCUUGGGCUGAUGCCCGAUCGCUAAAGCGUCAUGUCCGAACACAUACUGGUGAACGGCCCUAUGUGUGUCCCGUGUGUAGCGAAGCCUACAUAGAUGCUCGAACACUUCGAAAGCAUAUGACUAAAUUCCACAGAGACUAUGUGCCUUGCAAAAUUAUGCUGGAAAAAGACACUCUGCAGUUUCAUAACCAAGGAACCCAAGUGGAACAUGCGGUUAGCAUCCUAACUGCAGACAUGCAGGAACAAGAAAGCAGUGGUCCUCAAGAACUCGAGAGUGUGGUGGUGACAGGAGAAACUAUGGAAGUUCUUGAAGCUGUUGCAGCUACUGAAGAGUGUCCAUCAGUAUCUACCCUUUCUGACCAAAGUAUUAUGCAAGUGGUUAAUUAUGUGUUGGCACAGCAGCAAGGACAGAAGCUAUCUGAGGUUGCAGAAGCUAUUCAGACUGUUGAGGUGGAAGUGGCACAUAUUUCAGAAGUGGAAUGAAUACUGCAGUCACAGAGAAGAGUAAGAGUGCCACUGAACUUACAGAGCGUCUGUUUACAGUUUCAUGUCACUGUCCGCUCAGAGUCUUAUGCCAAGGCUCUGGGAUGUUGGUGACAUUUCCAAAUCUUUUGUUUGGAAGUGAAUUCUGUAGGAAAGUCCACUUUCUGUAAAGAAAUUGAAAACAAAAGUCUAUUUGAUGGUAGUGGUUUAUCAUGCUAUGCCUUUUAUGAAUUAAUGUUUGUAAAUAACUGUACUAAACUUGAAGCUGUACAGUUUCAUGUGUAUUUUGGCAUUAUUUUAUUACAUAUUUUGAAUUUAAAAGGCAGCACCAGUUGGCUUUCCUUCUGUUUUAUUCUCAAAAUAGAGGUUCUGUGACUUUUGUUGCUGUUUGUGAAUUUUAAAAAUUCUAAUAUAAAGCAUAUCUGUAGGAUGCAUAAGUAUAUUACAUCUCUAAAAUACUUUAGAUCUGUGAUUCUUGACUUACUAUUUAUUUUAAUCACUUCUAAGUCAGGGAAUCUUUCCUGUUUUAAAGCACUUAAUGAAUUACGUGUUGUAAUCAAGUUGCAUAAUUUAUCUAUCUGUAUGGGAAACCCAUAAAUGAAAAGCUAAUUUAAAAAAUGCCACUAGAGUGCAUGAGAUGCCUGUUAGAGCCUCAUUGUACCAUCUCCCAGGCAAGUAACUGGCCACGAGAAUACUGUUACUAAACGCUGUUGAUGGGAAGUUUCUGGUUGAUAAGAUGUUUGGUAUGUUUUAGCUUUUGUGUCAUGUUUAAAUUUGUUGAAAAACUGCAGUUGAGAAAUAUAACAAUAUCGACAUCUAUAGUGGCCAUAUGGAUGCUAUACACUGUUAAUUUCAGAAUAUUGAAAAUUCUCCAGUGUAGCCAUCAUUAUAUUAUACUAAGGAAAUUGAUUAUGAUAUUAUCAAAUUGUUGAAGUAUUUUGUAAAGUUACCUUAAAACUAAGUUAUAUUAAUUCAUGUGUUUGAUUUUUGAAGUUCUUGCCUCUGUGAGCUGUCGAAUAUUCAGUUUUCAAAAUAACCAUGGGGGGAUGCCACAUUUCUCUCCAGAAAACUAUCAUUCAAGCUGUAAUUGUCAAAAUUAAGCUUUUAGGUAUUAGAAGCUGUCUUAAGGUAUAAAAUUAAGAUAUAAACAUAAUCUUAUGUAAAUCAUUCCUAAAGCACAAGCAAUGAAUGUGCCUUGAUGUACAUAUAUAACAUUAUUAAGAUGCUUACUCCAGUUUACUUUAAAAAUGGCUUUAAGGGUAAGGAGUAAAUGUGAUAGCCCUGCAUGCAUCUUACUUGUGUAUGUAAUGUUUGCAUUUGCAAAUUCUUGUUGUUUUAAUAGUUAUGUGGCUUUCCGUUUUAAGUGAAUCUGCAUACAGCCCAUGACUUUAUAAUGGCUGCUCAUGUGUCCUGUCCAUCAGCUAGUGAAAAAGUAUUUCAACCUAAUUGAAAAUUGAAAUUGUUGUCAUUUAUGUUCCAUUUUCACCACUAUUGUUAGAUUUAGUUAAUUGUAUGAAGCCAUUAAUGUGUCAGAAAUAUGUAAAUAAAAGUUCAAUCUUGUUUAAAAGCUAAA